AUGCGAAGGGUACCAUUGAAUUAUAUCAUGGAGAAACCGGUAGAAGGUGUUAAAACUAUUGUCAAUUUAAUUAAAUCUACCAAUGAAGCUUCUGUAUUAAAAGAUGGGAUCGCUAAGUUUUCCAAAGCUGCAAUAGAAUGGUAUGUCGACAGCGAAGACCUUGACAUUUUACAUCAUGCUAUAAUAUGUAAUAAUAUAGAAGCAGUGGGUUUGUUUUUCCAUCAAGGGUACUUCAAGCUUCCACACGAAUCACCUUCAGUGCCAUAUCUUCACUUAAGCGCUCGACUCGGACACAAAACCAUUCUUGCUAUGUUGAUUCAAGAACGGGGCCAUGAUAACGUCCCAAUGAAGUUUAAAUACUACGGACAAACAGGGUUAAGCGAGGACUCUCCAAAAGCUAUGAGAAUACCAAUAGUAGAUGGAAAAGAUAAAUUAUCUCCCCUUGACAUAGCUGGAGAGUACGGACAUAUUGGGUGCGUGUGUACCAUACUUGAUCAUUUUUAUGGCGGUAAAGUGAGGCACAAAUCCAAAAGUACCAAAGAUGCUUAUGUGAACCUGGCCUGUGAGCUCGAUUCCCCACCAGCUCUCCGGCUAUUGUUAUCACACAAUCCAACAGAAGAGGAUAUUAAAAAUGCUGUAGGGGUUGCAUUAAAGAUGGCUCGACCAGAAUGUCUGGACGUUUUACUGGGUCUAAAACCUGACAUCAGUUCAUUAUUUGGUGGCAUGAAUCUAUACCAUGUUCUCUUCUCCUACAGUCUUUCCUUUAAGAAAUCCUGGUACGAAUCACUGCUUACCGUUACGACUCUUCUGAUCAAGCAUUCACACGACUUGUCGAAAUGUCUUCCCUACAGGACAUAUCCGCUUUAUAGCCUAUUAUCUCAUUCGUCUUGUCAUGACUUGGACAACUCGUCCCCGUACCUCCUUGCAUGCCUUCUGGUCAUGCUCAAUGCUGGUGCUGACCCCAAUUUUGAUGAACUGGAAUUCGAAAAGGAGCUUACGAAAAGAAAAUUCAAUUCAACUGCAGCAUUUGGGAGAUCUGCAUUUUCUUCGGCAAUACAUUGUUUGUUUGACACAAUUGGGAAAUAUUCCGAUCAAGUGCAAAUAGAACAAAAACUUUCCCUGAGGAGUCAUCUUGGGAAGUGUACAGAAGCUCUAUUAAAACAUGGAGCAGAUUUAAACUACGUGGGAAGGAUUGAAGAUCAAUGUAAUACUUAUGGAAACAGCUUACAUUGUUUUUGUAGAAUUGCUCCAAAAAUUGGCCUUGGCUGGAAGAUGUUAAAACUACUCUUACGUCAUGGCGCGAAUCCGGACGCAAAGAUAUACGGAUAUUACCCUUUAAAUGUGUUUUUUGAACACCUUUUAGCAUAUGCUACAACCUCGGACAGAUCUCAUGUCUUUGGCAUCGAACACAGUUCGUUUGUAAUGGACUCUAUGGCACAGUCAGCUUUGAGAGAUUCAUAUGAAAUUUUCAGCAACAUGGCAGCAAGCUUCGAUCAGCCGUCAUCGAAGCACAAGCGAAUUUUGGCUGGAAUAAAGACCGAGUACGAGAAACGUAUUUCGGACGUUUGGACACUUCGUAGGUGGUGUGUAUUUACCGUGUGGGUCAGUUGUGGCCGUAAAAUUGACCAAGCAGCACGUCUGCCCUUGCCCAAGCGACUACGUGACAGCAUCACGGACUCGUUGGAAUAUGUUGUUUGA